AUGUCAAGCAUUGGGGAAAUUUUGAAAGCAGUUGGUGAUUUUGGGCCGUUUCAGAAAUGGCUGGUGCUUCUCACCUUGUUUCCGUGCCUCAGUGUGGCUUUCCACCAAUUUUGCCAACUUUUUAUGGUUCCACAAGUGCCUCAUCACUGUGACACCAGCUGGAUCCGCGCCAUCGGCCCCAACCUGACCGAGGAAGAGCAGCUGAACCUCACCCUGCCCCGGGACGCGGAUGGGGCGUACGAGCAGUGCUCCAUGUACUCACCGGUGGACUGGAACCUCAGCUCCAUCAUGGAGUAUGGUCUGAAUGCCACGGAGAAGUGCAGCAGUGGCUGGGUCUACCCCUCAGGAACACCACCAUCCCUGCUGACUGAGUUUGACCUGGUAUGUGACAGGAAGGACCUGAAUGACAUCUCCCAGUCUGUCUACAUGAUGGGGCUGUUCCUAGGAUCCAUGAUCUUUGGGCCACUAAGUGACAGGAUUGGCCGCCGGCCAGUCAUUCUGAUCUCCGUCUUCCUCCAGGGCUUGUUUGGUGUGGGAAUUGCCUUUGUGCCCCAUUUCUAUGUGUACAUGGCCUUCAGAUGUGUCGUGGGGGCUUCACUGUCAGGGAUCACCAUGACGAUACUGGCCUUGG